AAUUACAAAUAUAUUAACAAAACUGAUUUAUUACUAUUAUGGAUUACGAAACGAACAGCUCACAGUAUUAGACAGUAAAAUGUUCAAAGUUCAAGUUGCUUACUUCUGUAUAUUUUGUUUUAAUAACUUUGUUAUCUCCAAGGUACAUGGGUCGUACAAGUUCAAUUCCCUCAAGUGCGAAGUUUUUGCUAAGGAACUGGGAAAACUGAAGCUGUGCCAAAUUAAGGCGAUUGAUCGGAGGCACAACAUGAUCAACAUUGAAGCCAUUUUAUAUAAAACCAUAACUGAGGUUGAGAUCCAUUUCAAAAUGGUUAAACGCGAGAGUGGCGGUUGGCAUCCCUUUUUGUACGACAUCCGAAUGGACGUUUGCCAAUUCUUUAAGAAUCGCAGGAGGUUCUUCAUUUCCAAUUUGAUAUAUUCGUUUAUAAAGCCAUACACAAAUGUUAAUCACACCUGCCCGUAUAUGGAGGGCACAGAGCUGAUACUGUGGAAUUGGUCUCCUGAUGAAGAUGCGGUCUUAGCCAAAUUCCCAGUUGACCACGGCACAUAUGGCCUACACACAACUUGGUAUGUCAACAAAGCGAUGGCAUUAAAAAUGAAUGGAUCUGUAAUGUUUUUUAGGUAACAUUUUAUAUGAGUUUCAGAACUAUGAUAAAAGAUUACAUAAUUGAACUGGAAGUAUUCCUUAAUAUGAUGAUAUGAUAAUAUGUUUAUUACCAUAUUUUUCGCCACACUUUCCAACCACAGUUGCUUAUUCAAUCGGUGAUAAGACGUAAUGCCCAACCCGCUUGCAUACUGACACAGAUUUGGAUGGCAAACAAAUUUUUUUCUUUGGUUUGUGGGCCACAUUCGAGCGUGUCCAGCUUUUGGCCAUGCGACUCACGUUUAAGGCAGAAAUGGUAACAAUUCAAACAGAAAAUACAAAAAAAGAAGAAAAAAAAACGACGACCGGCAAAGAAAAGCAAAGAGAAAUGCGUUCGUUUUGGCCACAGUUGGCUGCGCAUGCGCCCGCCUGAUUACCUCCCGUAUUUACUUUUAAAGCCAAACAAAUAAGAGGCGGUUAAAAGAGCCGUCAUAAAUGGCCAACUGCAAGCCACGCACGUUUGCUUUGGGCGAUUCGAGGCGGGGGUAUUUGUGGCGAGGAUUGGGAUUACGCGAAGCGCCAACGCGGUUUGUCCAGUUGCGCAUGCUAAUUUGGGCCCGGGAAUCGAUCAUCGAUGGUGGUGCUGGUUGGGUAAUUAUUUACGACUGUCUCUGGCUCGGAGGCAGUUGCUCCGAACGCCAAUCGGCAACCAAUCCGUAACUGACAACAUUUCUGCCUCUUCAUCUCGCCCAUUUACACUCUCUUCCGCACAACAUUGUUGCAGAGAAAGAAAAUGGUUUUUCGAUUAGGAAAAACCGAAUUUUUUUGGAUAUUUCAAAUGUUUGCAAGUACAGCAUACCCAAUUGUAUUUAUACAAACUACAUUUGUUAAUGCAGCUAUCAAUUAAACAUGAUCUUAACCACAU